AUGCAAUCGGCUGAAGAUUUUAUGGAUCCUGACGAUUUUCUGGCUGAAGAAGCAGCCAUUGGAGUAAAGGGACUUCCAUUUGAUUCACAAGCGCUGAUUAAUAUGGGCGUCAGCGAACAAGUUGGGGAGAUGGGGAAUAAUAAUGAAAGCGAAGAACGAGUGGAGAGACAAAUACCUUACUGGGUUGCAAUCAAAUUUGUCCAAAAAGGACUUGGAGAGUUGCAGAUGCCAAAGAUAUUUGGCCGACCGGUGCGCAAUGCAUUGAAGGCAGACCCGGUUCACGUGAAUUUAGUUGAACAAGAUCCACGAUUCUUUGCAUUUGGUGGCAAAUUCCUUGAAGCUGUAGAGGACCCUGAACUGGCUGAGGUUCUUGAUAAGAGUUACGUACAACGUACGCGUGCCACACUUGAUCACUUGGAGUAUGGAGCGGCAGGUAAGGAGACGGUCUUUGUUUCGAAGAUGGACGAGACGGAAAGACAAGGUAUGAGCCAUCAAGAGAAUAUUUUAAAUUACCCAUACAUAUAUGGAUACACAUUUACUGUACUUGGCGGGUGUGGAGACAGUCAGGGCAUACAAGACGUGGGCAUACAGUCGGAGGGAAUAGACGGGUGCAAGGGGAAAAAGAUGAUUGGGUCAGAGGAAGAGUGUGGGAACAGGAAAAACAAUGGGUGUAGGUCUUUAUCUUAA